AUGUUGCCAAAGAAAGAGGAAAAAGAUGUGGGAAAAGAUUCAGAGCAUUCACUGUCAUCCUCUAUCUCAAACCAAGAAAAGAGCGCAGUGCCAGGAACGGGAACAGAAACAAAAGCAGCUAAUUAUGAAACAACUACCAAGCAAAAUUCAACUGCAGCACCUGCUUCAUCUGGAACUGAGUCAAAAAUGAAUUAUCAUUCAAGUAUGGAAACCAAACAUGAAAAGAAGAGUACAUUGCCCGGUGCUGUGGCGGUGGCUACCAAAAGCAGCUCCCAGGCCAGCGCUCCGCCAGCGGCGGCCGCUACCAAAAGCAGCUCCCAGGCCAGCACUCCGCCAGCGGCGGCCGCUACCAAGAGCAACUCCCCAGCCAGUGCUCCAGCAGCUACCAAGAGCAGCUCCCAGGCCAGCGCUCCGGCGGCAGUGGCUACCAAGAGCAGCUCCCCAGCCAGUGCUCCGGCGGCAGCAGCUAUCAAGAGCAGCUCCCCGGCCAGUGCUCCAGCAGCUACCAAAUGCAGCUCCCAGGCCAGCGCUCUGGCGGUGGCGGCUACCAAGAGCAGCUCCCAGGCCAGCGCUCCGGCGGCUACCAAGAGCAGCUCCCAGGCCAGCGCUCCGGCGGCUACCAAGAGCGGCUCCCAGGCCAGCGCUCCGGCAGCGGCAGCGGCUACCAAGAGCGGCUCCCAGGCCAGUGCUGCGGCGGCCACCAAGAGCGGCUCCCAGGCCAGCGCUCCGGCGGCGGCGGCGGCCACCAAGAGCGGCUCCCAGGCCAGCGCUCCGGCGGCGGCGGCUGCCACCAAGAGCGGCUCCCAGGCCAGCGCUCCGGCGGCGGCGGCCACCAAGAGCGGCUCCCAGGCCAGCGCUCCGGCGGCGGCGGCCACCAAGAGCGGCUCCCAGGCCAGCGCUCCGGCGGCGGCCACCAAGCCCGGCUCCCCGGCCAGCGCUCCGGCGGCGGCCACCAAGAGCGGCUCCCAGGCCAGCGCUCCAGCGGCGGCGGCGGCCACCAAGAGCGGCUCCCAGGCCAGCGCUCCGCCGGCGGCCACCAAGAGCGGCUCCCAGGCCAGCGCUCCGCCGGCGGCCACCAAGAGCGGCUCCCAGGCCAGCGCUCCGCCGGCGCCCACCAAGAGCGGCUCCCAGGCCAGCGCUCCGCCGGCGGCCACCAAGAGCGGCUCCCAGGCCAGCGCUCCGCCGGCGGCCACCAAGAGCGGCUCCCAGGCCAGCGCUCCGCCGGCGGCCACCAAGAGCGGCUCCCAGGCCAGCGCUCCGCCGGCGGCCACCAAGAGCGGCUCCCCGGCCUGCGCUCCGCCGGCGGCCACCAAGAGCGGCUCCCAGGCCAGCGCUCCGCCGGCGGCGGCCACCAAGAGCGGCUCCCAGGCCAGCGCUCCGGCGGCGGCGGCCACCAAGAGCGGCUCCCAGGCCAGCGCUCCGCCGGCGGCGGCCACCAAGAGCGGCUCCCAGGCCAGCGCUCCGCCGGCGGCGGCCACCAAGAGCGGCUCCCAGGCCAGCGCUCUGCCGGCGGCGGCCACCAAGAGCGGCUCCCAGGCCAGCGCUCCGCCGGCGGCGGCCACCAAGAGCGGCUCCCAGGCCAGCGCUCCGCCGGCGGCGGCGGCCACCAAGAGCGGCUCCCAGGCCAGCGCUCCGCCGGCGGCGGCCACCAAGAGCGGCUCCCAGGCCAGCGCUCUGCCGGCGGCGGCGGCCACCAAGAGCGGCUCCCAGGCCAGCGCUCUGCCGGCGGCGGCGGCGGCCACCAAGAGCGGCUCCCAGGCCAGCGCUCUGCCGGCGGCUACCAAGAGCGGCUCCCAGGCCAGCGCUCUGCCGGCGGCGGCGGCUACCAAGAGCGGCUCCCAGGCCAGCGCUCUGCCGGCGGCGGCGGCUACCAAGAGCGGCUCCCAGGCCAGCGCUCUGCCGGCGGCGGCGGCUACCAAGAGCGGCUCCCAGGCCAGCGCUCUGCCGGCGGCGACGGCGGCUACCAAAAGCUGCUCCUUGGCCAGCGCUCUACUGGUGGCUUCCAAAAGCAGUUCCCAGACCAGCGCUCCACCGGUGGCUUCCAAAAGCAGCUCCCAGUCUAGUGCAAGUCCUGCUAAAGUGUCAUGGAAGCCAUUAACAAGUGAAGAUGCAAAAGAAAGACAGCCUUUUUUCAAUAGACUGUACAAAUCUGUGGCCUGGAAGUUGGUUGCUGUUGGAGGUUUUAGUCCCAAUGUGAAUCAUGCAGAACUUCUAAACUCAUCCAUUCAGUCUGUGAAAGCCACUUUAGAUGUAACUUUUGUUCCACUGAAGGAACUUGCAGACUUACCUCAAAAUAAAAGCUCUCAUGAAAAUAUAGUUUGUGAACUGAGGUGCAAGUCUGUUUAUUUGGGUACUGGCUGUGGAAAAAGUAAGGAAAAUGCCAAAGCUAUAGCUUCAAGGGAAGCUUUGAAAUUAUUUCUAAAGAAGAAAGUUAUUGUAAAGAUAUGUAAAAGAAAGUACAAAGGACGUGAAAUUGAAGAUUUGGUACUUCUUGAUGAAGAAUCAAAACCCUCAAAUUUACCCCCAGCUUUAAGAAAUCCUCAAGAGAUCCUGUAGGACACAUAAGAACUGAGGGUUACUUUUGUACUCUGAAAAUGUAGGCUUCCAGAUAUUUUGUAUUUCUCAGUUUUGCAGAACAAUUACAUUAUUGUUCCUUUCACACGGUAGCAAUUAUAAAUAACUUCUUAUAGAUCACAAGAAGUGUGCAUUUAAAGGUAUGCCUUAAUAUAGCGCACACUAGCGUGCUGUUUUAUUUGCUAAAUAGUCUACCUAAGUCUUCUAUUUUUAAUUAAAAGAUUAAGGUACAAUUUGAUUAAAGUCUAAUAAUUUUGUAAUUCUUAGGAUUUGGUGGUAGUGUGCUCAGUUGUCUACCAUGUCUUUUUAGCUGCAUAGGAAUGUAUAAAGGGACCAUAGUACUUGAAUGGUUGAAAGUUGUUAAAUUUCAAGGAAAAGGUUGUCUGUUUGAAAUUUGUUACCCAUAAUGUUCACUAUUCUUGUUGAAAAGAGAGAAAAUAGUUGGCUGACUAUUUUUAUGAAAAGUUGUAACAUUUUAAAGUUAAUCCUAAAAUAAUAUGUGAUCCUGUUUAACAUUAUUACAAUAGUAAAUUGUCAGUAAAUAAUGAUCAGGGUGAUUUCAACCACCAAAACUCUUUAAGCAAAUUAAACUUUUGAAAUAUCAUUUACACUUUGUUUUUCAGAUAAACAUGGAUUUCUAUAUAAGCAUAUUUUAUGACCGCUACUAUUAAAAAUAAUAAACUUCUGGGAUAUCCUCACUUUUAAUAUUUUGUUUUAGCUAUUAAAUGUUUUGAAAACUCACCAUUUUGAUAAAUGUUAGUUACAUCUUCUUUGGAAAAAAAAUCUUAGACAUUAAACUGGGUCAGAAGCAUCUGUGAAAAUGAUCAACAGAGCAGUAUUUUUUUUAUAUAUAAAAAGAAAAAUGUAUACUGGCUUCAGUGUGGAUGGGUUUCAAGAUGUAGUUACUGGUGGUUCUUAUUGUUUUAUUAAGAUGCACAAGAGAUAGUAAUGUAAAACUAGAAUAACAAUAUUUUCCAAUAAAUAAUGGAAUGUAUACUAUUCCCACUCUAUCAUCAAUUAAAUGUGGGGGCAGAGGAAAUGCAGGUGCUUCUGUUGUGUUGAGUGUCUUCUGAAAUGAGUUUACACAUAUUUUGAGCCUUAUUUUACUCUGUUUACACACUCAGUACUCACACUGAUAUCAGGAAGUUUCAUACAGAGAUCAAGGGAAACCAUGGCCCUUUAGGUGCAGCAGUCUGGAAAGAAUUAUAAAUGGAGUGUAUAAAACACUGGAUAAUAAAAGUAAUGGCUGAGA